AUAGAAUGAAAUGAAGUUUUAUUAAUAAAUACAAACAAUAAUAAUUAAAUGAUUUCAAUGGUAAUGAUGGUAUUUUACUAAUGCAUAUAAGAAAUGCAGUAUGCCUGUAAAUGUAUUCAAUAGCAUAUUUCUUUCAUUAUUUUAUUAGAAAAAGACUAUUGAUUCAAAUCAAUCAUCAUUUUUUUUUCUAAAAAAAUUAUUUUAAUAGAUUUUUUUCUAAAUAUAAUUUAAAAAAUAUAUCAAUGAUAAUGAUGCUUUCUCCAGAGAAAUAUAAAGAAUAUACAUGCAAAUUAAUAUUCGCAUGAAUGUUGCUUUCAUUAUAUCAUUAAAAAAACAUUGAUUUAAAUCAAUAAUAAUUUAAGAAUAUUAGAGUGGUAUUAAACAAGGGAUAUACAAAUAUCAUUUUAUGCAAUGAGUAGUCCAUUUUAUAGUAAGCAGCGUAGAAAAAAUAAAUGAUUCUCCAAACUACAGAUUAAUUUUUUUUUAAAUUCUUGCUAUUUAUUUAAAAUUAUACAAUACACACAAUAUAUGAGCAUUAUAUUGAAUAUUUAUUCUAUUUGCAGAUAAAACAAUUGUAUGGCUGCUCGGUUCCAAGUGGAUUGGCUUCAUAAUCCAGAAUUCAAAGACUGGGUUAAGGAGGUUGAAUCAGACAUCCAUAGAGCAAAAUGUGUUGUUUGCCAUUUAACAUUUUCACUAAGUAAUAUGGGCCGUCGGGCUCUUAGAAGCCAUGCCAAAAGCGCACAGCAUGUAAAAAGAAUGAAAGCAAUGCAAGGGACAUUACCAUUAACAUUUUUCACUUCUGACAAUGGGAAAGCACCAAGCAUAGAGUCUUCUAAUAAAACUAUUGGAAGUGGCAGCAGCUCUGUCGAAUCCCUAAAUGAUCCAGUAUUGUCUACCCCUUCUACAAGACAAGGUCUUGAAUCAUUCCUUUUAAGAGAUGAUGUUACGAAAGCAGAAAUUUUAUGGUGUCUUCACACUGUUGUUACUCAUAAAUCUGUUAGGAUGUCCGAGAAGGAUGUAGAAUUAUUUCAGCUUUUAUUUCCAGAUGGCGAGAUUGCCAAAAGCAUUAAACUAAAAAAAAGUAAAAUAGCAUAUUCUAUUUUAUAUGGUAUUGCUCCAUAUUUCAAAACAGAACUAAUAACAAAUAUUUCGAAAAGCGAGUUUUUCACUGUUGGAUUCGACGAAUUUCUAAAUAAGGUUUCCCAAAAGACUCAGAUGGACAUAAAUGUAAGAUUCUGGUGUAAUGAGCAAGAACUUGUUUGCACCAGAUAUUUAACUUCCGCAUUUUUAAGUCGCACCACAGCAGACGAAAUUAGGCGCAAUUUUAAAGAGGCUUUGUCGAUUUUGAAUAUAUCAAAAAUGGUUCAAAUUUCUAUGGAUGGCCCAAACGUCAAUCAUAAAUUUUUUAAGGAUUUAAAAGCCGAGAUAAGAGAUGAAAGCCAGGAGGGCCAUCCAAUCAUUCUUAAUAUAAGCAGCUGUGGAUUGCAUGUUUUACAUGGAGCUUUCAAAACAGGAAUCAGGAUGACAAAUUGGUCAUUGAUUCAGUUUUUGCCGUCACUGUACAACCUAUUUAAAGAUGUUCCGGCACGUCGUGCCUUGUUUGUACAAUAUACGAGCUCGAAUGUAUUUCCAAUUAAAUUUUGUCCUGUACGAUGGCUCCAGAAUGGAGAUGUUGCACAACGUGCCAUAGAUAUGAUUCCCCACCUGAAGAAAUUUAUAUCUGGAGUGAAGCUGAAUAAAGAUAAUUUACGGACUGAAUCGUUUAUCAAUGUUUGUGCAAUUAUUGAAGAUCCACUUUUAGAGGCAAUACUACAAUUUUUCUAGUCCCUUAUUGCUGAAGUAGAGCCGUUUUCAGAGGAAUUCCAAAAAGACGCCCCACUUGUUCCAUUUCUCUAUAGUUCUUUGCAUUCUAUUUGCCUAAAUAUUAUUAGUAAAUUUGUUAAAGAUAAUAUCAUAAAAGAAAAUUCCUUACAUAAAAUAGAUUUUAGCAAGAAAGAUAACUUUUUACCUGCAGAUAAAAUUGAUUUAGGCUAUGCUGCACGUAAUGCUUUAAAAAAGAGGAACAAAGAAAAGAAAAUUGCAGAUAAUGAAGUGUCACAAUUUAGAAACGAUUGUCUUUCAAAAUUAUUUGAGAAAUCACCAUUGCUUUAUCCACUGACUAAGGCAGUGACAUGCUUCGAUCCAGAUGUGGCAAUUGUUGUCGAUUUGGCUUCGUUAAGGAUUAAGAAUUUACUUACAAUUCUCAUGGAAAAUGCUUGGAUCGAUGGGCCAACAGCUGAUAAAGCUGAGCGCCAAUAUAAAAGUGCAUUGAAACAAAAUCUUGUUAUAGAGCUACUUAAAAAUUUUAAUAGGACUGACAGUCGUGUCGAUGUGUUGUGGAGAGAUGUGUUUAAACUCCUCAAAGAUCACCAUGAAAUCACCAAAGUCAUGAAACUCACCAUGAGUUUAUAUAACGGUAAUGCAAACGUUGAGAGAGGUUUCUCUGUAAACUCUCAAUGUUUGAUAGAAAAUUUAAAAGAAGAGACUUUGAUAUCACAAAGAAUGGUAUACGAUACUAUUAUUUCCACGGUAAAAAAUGUAAAUUCGUAUAAAAUUUCGAAACCCCUUGUGCACUCCUUCUGAAAUGCUCAUUCAUUGAUGAAGGAAGUUAUAAAAAAAUGUAAACUUGCAGAUGAGGAAAAUUUGGCUAUUGAAGCCAAAAAGAAAAAAACAGCAGUGAUUCAGAAAGAAUUGGAAAAAAAAAUUGCUAAAAUCAAAGAAGAUGCUACUAAGGAAAUUAGUAAUGUAAUAGAGCAGAUUCAUUCUUUGUGAAAUAAUGUGAGAAUAAAUGUUUUUGUGAUACAGUGAUUUCUUGUAUUUGUUUAUUCAGUGUUGAAGUUAUGUAACAUUUUAUGUACUAGGAGAAAUAUAAGUUUGCAGUACUACGUAUAAUAUCUACUUUAUUUCCAAAUGCAUAAUGUUAAUAUGGUUAUAUUAUAUUUUAGGU